AUACACCUGAGAGACACGAGAGGACACGGAUCUGCUCCACAGUCAACGGUAAACUCAGUUCCUUCACUUGACGCUGCAUUUACUCCAUAAACGCUUUAAUAGAUCGAUUAUCGCUCAUCUGUGACGCGACAGUGAUUGUUUAUGUGCGAUCAGCAGGUCAAAGUGCGCCUGAGUGUGUUUCUGAAGAGGACAAAGAGACUUCAAGGAGACUUGAGAAACUGAUUAACUAGAGUAACAGCAGAAGAACUGAACAAGAAGCGCCAAUUGCCGUUAGAGAAACGAGAGCUGCUGAAGUGCAUUGUGGGAGUGUAAAGACAGUGUUUUUGACUGAGUUUGCUGGGAAAAUCUGAACCGACCGCGUGACAAACUGACCAACGGGAUGCCAGGAAUGAGUGCGCAGGAAACCAGCACGGGAAAAGAGAGGAAAGACUCGGUGCGUGUCUCCAAACACAAUGCAGACGCUCAGAAAAGAUCGUCCAAAGCGAGGAGCCUCACGCUGGAGAACGAGGACUGGAUCUGGACGGCCAAUAAGAAGACACCGCUGAACGGUGGAUCCAAUCUGACGCGCUCUGGAAGCGUUAAAGAUCUCAUUUACAGGUUCGACGGGCCGCCAACGCCGCCGCCGCGCCUCGGCUCGCUGAAGAUCAAACGGCAAGACGUGAGCGCACCGGAUUCUGAGAAAAUGAGACAUGAAAGCAGAGAGAGAGGGAAGAACCAGAAUCCGGUCUCCAGUGAACCGUCAGAACCGAAAACACAAGAAAGCUCCGAGCAGAAACGCCACGGCGCAGAGAAGAAGAAGAGCGAUGAGAAACAAACGUCCCAGCGCAGUAAAGACAAAGCGGCUGUCUCUGAUCCCGGUCCGCAUUCCAACCUAAACGGCGAGAAGCAGCACAGCAGCCCUCAGUCCGAGGAUGAGCCCACCACCCCCAAAAUCCGUCCCAACCCCAAGUACCAGCUCUACCUGGGCUCCAAUGGCUCCAAUGGCACCAGCGGCUCCAAUGGGUCAGUGGGGGACGGCAGCGGCCCUCCCGGCGGCGGGAGCAACGGGAAUCUGCUGAGGGUCAGUUCAGUGAUCCGCGGCUCCAUGGAGUCGCUCUCAUCCCGGGACUGGGACAGCAUGUCUGACAAAGUGGGCGGCUUUGAAAGUCCUCCCCGAGUUUUCAACAGUCCGUAUUCGACGCUCUCGCUGGACUACAAUCCCAUCAACAGAAUGUCUGACUUAAAGACACAGGAAGUGAUGUCACCCGCCAUCACUGAGAUAAACCUGUUUGGUCUGAACAGAAGCGUGAGUCCUGUUAGCAGUCCAGCUCUGAGCCAACGCACACGAAUCCCCGGAUACGACAGUCUGACCCGCAGACGAGACGCGACUCCAAGUCAACUCAUGCAACGAAACAACCAGCCGAACAAACUGGAUUUCAUCCAGGAACUGACCAAACAGCUGGAGGACUGUCGCAGGAGGAACCAGUUUCUGGAAGCGGAGAGCAUCGUGAUGGAGAAGGAGAGGAACCAGAUCCGCUUCGAGAUGCGAGGUCUGCUGGUGAACAAUGAAGAUCUGCUGCGGACGAACACGCAGAUGCAGGGCGAGAUGAACCGUCUGCGCGAGAAGAUCGUGGAGUUAGAGAGCAACAACAACGUCAUGCAAGAGCGCUUCAAAAAGAUGGAGAAAGAGCUGAAGGAGGCGCGGGAGGUGAUGGUGGAAGCAAAUACUCAGGAAUACGCCUUCAACUUCCUGCAGCAGACGCUCAAGAACAAAAUACAGGACACUGAGGAAGCUCUGGAGAAACAAGCUCAACACGCUCAGACUGUGUCAGAGAAACUGUGGCUCACUGAGAGAAACCUGGAGGAGCUGGAGCUGGAGAAGGAAACCAAAGCCAAGAAAGCUCUAGAACUCAACAACACCGUUUCAAGACUGGAGAUAGAGCUGGCAGACGCGCUGCAGGAGGGGAAUCAGGCGCGAGUGGAGCUGAGUUUGCAGCAGAAGCUGAGGGCCGAUGCUCACCUGCGGGUGGAGGAGCUGGAGGAGAGCGUGCUGGAGAAAGACCAGGAGCUGGUGCGCCUCACACAGAUCGUCUGCAGACUGCAGGGAGAGGUGACAGAUAAGCUGAGCGAUAAGGAGCAGACGCUGGAGGAGGAGAUCCAGCGGCGGGAGCGAGUGCAGCUGCAGUGCAAACAGGCCGAGAGAACGGUGGAGGAUCUGCGCAUGGAGCUGCAGACGCUGGGACAGUCCAGAGACGAGCUCUCCAAACAGCUCAAGCUGAACCAGGAGAAGAUCAUCGAUCUGGAGGGCGAUCUGGAGGAGCUGCAGGAGAACGAGCAGCGAUGGGCGUCCAAACACAAGAGAGCUCUGGAUCAGUCGGAGCAGCUGCAGAUGAAGCUCAUCCAGGAGAAAGAUCUCAACGAUCAGCUGGAGUGUGAGAAGGCCAUCCUGGAGAGACAGUUGCGGGAUCUGCGCAGUGAUAUGGAGGAGCUCCAGAAUAACAGGGUGGAGGUAGACUCGAUCACCAGAGCUGAGAUUAGAGCCAAAGAACUGGAGAACACGCUGCGAGCCGAGGAGAGGAAUAAAGUGGUGAUGAGCAACACCAUCAGCAAAUUGGAGAAGAAGAUCCACGAUCUGACGGAGCAGAUGGAGGAGGAGCACAAGAUCUCCACCGAACAGAGAGAGCUGAUGACUCAGCGCAUCCGUUCACUGAAGCGACAGCUGAAUGAAGCUGAGGAAGAGGCGAGUCGACGAGACGUCCAGCACCGACACACACACAGAGAACUGGUGGAGGAGAGAGAAACUAACAGCCGCCUGCAGAGACAACUGCUGGACCAACAGCUGCACAACAAGAGGAAAGAGACGAGACAAACUCUGGAAAGCCUGAGGCUGAACCUGAGUGAGGAGGAUGAUGAUGAUGAUGAGGAAGAGAAGACCGAGAGCGAGUCCAAACCCACAGAGAAGCAGAUCACUCAGGUGUGACAGGACCAGACUGAACCGGCCAAAAACUGACAAAACCCAAUCAAUCUGGACCUGAACGUAAACCGGAUGUUUCCCCUCAAAUAUCAAAGACUUCAAACCAAAACGGAUUACACAAACCACUUGAGUCCAGGUCCAAGAGAGAGAGACCGGAUCCAGAGAAGCUCCGCAUGAACAGGAAGUGGAAAACGCUUCCUGUGGACUGAUGCUCUUAGGAUUUUAAUAAGUUCUUCCAUCUAAGUCACUGCCAAAUCUGGUUUAGUGUGGUUUACAGUAAGCUAUCGUGUGCAUUAGUUCUUUAUCAAGCUGUCCGUUCUGUUUCUGUUGUUAUUUUCAGUUCAAUCAGCUGUUUACAUUAUGCAUAUACUAAUAUGAUGGAGACAGGAAUGAAUAUUGCUGAUGAAGUGUUAGAGAUGAUUUUAUUCUGCUGAAGGUUUUUAGGGAAUCCUCUUUAUUAAGUGUUAAUGAUGCUGUGUCUCUGAAAUCCUCCAGGGUGUUCAUAUGUACUUCUACCAAACGGUAAUAAAAUAUUAUAAGCUAAAAGGUUUUUUUUUUUUUUUUUGGUCUAUUUGGUUUAUAACUUUAAAAACUGACAUUAACUGUCAAUGAAUAAAAUGGCAAAAAAACAAAAACAAAAAAGACAGAGUAAUUAAAUUGCUUAAUGCCUGACAGUUAAGAGAAUACAAGUCAGAAUGGCUAGAAAUAAAUUCUGAGAAAAUUCGAGCAUUUUAAUGGCAUCGAAUCAGGUGGAAUUGAAUCAUCAAAUUUCAAAGUUUCAUAAAAGUUAAAAAAAAAUGUAACAACUUCAGAUGAACUAAUUUUCACUUCUAUGGACGUGAAAAAAAGGACAGCUUCAUGUUGACUUUUUCAUUUUCAUAUUUACAGGCACAGUGACGGUAAAUUAAACUGACAAAGUACAAAUUUGGGCUGUUUUUGACCCAUACAACCCUUUUUUUCCUGGCCAAAGUAUAUAUUUAAAUAUAUGCUAAAUUCACAUUAAAGCUCAAUGAAAUAUAUUUUGCAAUUAAAAAAAAAUGUUUCAACCUUUGUUUAGUAUUAUAUUUUAAAAUGUAUGUAUUUCAAAACUGAUAUUUCUCAAAAAUAUACAAAAAAAAGUAUUUUAUUGCAAUGAGAUAUAUGGCUUUGGUUUCUAAAACUAAAAUUUUUAUAUAUAUAUUUUUUUUCUCAUAAAUAUAUUUCUCAAAGCGAGUGUCAUGGCAGACGCCCAAAUCCACUAGAAUUGAAGAAUAAUACUGUUUUUGUGUCACAGAAUAUAUUUACAUGAAUAUAUUUUUAAUUGAAUUUUUCUAUAUUUUAAAUAUAUGCUAAAUGUGUUAUAAUCAGUGAAGCUUAAUGAAAUAUGUUUUAAAAAAAAAAAUGAAAACAGGCUAUAGACUAAUA